AUGCCACAUAACGAUCCUCUCCUCGUCGACCUUGACAUCGGCGAAUGUCUGGUCGCAAAAGUCCUUAUUGAUACCGGCAGCUCAGUCGAUCUCAUCUUUCGCGACACACUCGACAAAAUGGGAGUUGAUUUAAGGGAUAUGAAGCCUUCCUCUCGCACGCUCACCGGCUUCAACGGAGCCUCGGAGCAAAUGAUCGGGACAAUUCGCCUUCCAGUUUACGCAGGUGGUAUAACCCGCACCGUCAAGUUCUCCGUCAUCCGCGCCAAAGCACCCUAUAAUGCCAUACUUGGAACACCAUGGCUGCAUUCCAUGAAAGCCGUCCCUUCGACUUAUCAUCAAUGCAUCAAAUUUCCCGGAAAAGACGGCAAAACUCAGACGAUUCGGGGAGAUCAACAAGCCGCGAGAGAACUACUGUUCGCAACUGUAAAGAUGCAGCAACAAGGAGGAAGUUCUCGAAGUCGCAAUUGA